UAACCUCAAAUAAAAAAUCCGCUUCAGCCACACAAAAUAGGAAGAACAUCAUCUGAACUGAGAAAUUCUAAACCAAACGUCACAACUUUGUCAGCUACCAAAAUCAUAUGGCUGCAAGAACAGCAAUACCCUCACCUCAACUCUCUCUCCUAUUAGGAAGACGCGCCACCACCACCACCACAUCCACCACCGUCUUUUGCUGGAAACCCACGACUGGAGUAGGCAGCAAAAGAGUCCUAAGGGUUUAUGCAGCAGACGGAGAAGGAGGCGGCGGAGGAGGGAAGCGGAGAGCACCACCAGGAAUCGAUACCAGAAUCCACUGGGAAAACGAGGAUGACGGAUGGGUUGGCGGCAGCGCCACCGAAUCUGCAACAGAAGAAGACCAGACAAACAACUUACUCGGUGAAAAAUUCUCCGAAUUACUCAACAAUUCCACCGAUUCUCAUUACCAAUUCUUAGGGGUGGCAGCAGAAGCCGACUUGGAAGAAAUCAAGGCGGCUUACCGGAGAUUAUCAAAAGAAUACCACCCCGACACCACUUCUCUCCCGCUGAAAACCGCGUCUGAAAUGUUCAUGAGACUAAGAGAAGUUUACGAUGUAUUGAGCGAUUCAGAGAAACGAAGGUUCUACGAUUGGACUUUGGCUCAGGAAUCUGCAAGCCGUGAAGCCGAGAAGAUGAGGGUAAAAUUGGAAGAUCCGUACAUGAAAGAUAUUGAAAAUUUUGUGUCGAUUCCAGACAUGGUUGAUCGGCUUGGAGGAAGGAACAUGGAGCUGAGUGAUCAGGCUAAAUCGGCUCUUACUUUUGAUAUUAUUGUAAUUUUUAUCUCUAUUUGUUGUAUUAUUUACGUGGUUUUCUUCAAGGAACCUUAUUAAUAGUCAUUAUGUAUAGUUUAUAACAAACACAUAGUUGACUUAUUGAGGUCAAACAUAGUAAUUUGUAUAGUUUGAAAAUUGAUAAAUACAUGUAACACAAUUUUAAUG